GAAGAUCGAGAUCGGGAAAAGAUCGAGAGAAGAUCGAGAUCGAGAGAAGAUCGAGAUCGAGAGAAGAUCGAGAUCGAGAGAAGAUCGAGAUCGAGAGAAGAUCGAGAUCGAGAUCGGGAAAAGAUCGAGAUCGAGAGAAGAUCGAGAUCGAGAGAAGAUCGAGAUCGAGAGAAGGUCGAGAUCGAGAGAAGUUCGGGAUCGAGAUCGAGCUCGAGAGAAAGAGAUGGAGAUCGAGAGAUCGAGCUCGAGAAACCGAGCUCGAGAGAUCAAGAGAUGGAGAUCGGUAGAUCGAGAGGUCGAGAUGGAGAGAAGGUCGAGAUGGAGAGAAGACCGAGAUCGGGAGAAGAUCGAGAUCGAGAGAAGAUCGAGAUCGAGAGAAGUAACGUUAGUUCGGGAUCGAGAGAUCGAGAGAGCGAGAUCGAAAUCGAGACAUCGAGAUCGAGAGAUCGACACCUCGAGAUCGAGAUCGAGAUGGAGAGAAGAUCGAGAUGGAGAGAAGAUCGAGACCGGGAGAAGAUCGAGAUCGAGAGAAGAUCGAGAUCGAGAGAAGUUCGGGAUCGAGAGAACGAGAUCGAGAGAUCGAGUGAUCGAGAUCGAGAGAGCGAGAUCGAAAUCGAGACAUCGAGACCGAGAUGUAGAGAUCGAGAUCGAGAAAUCGAGAGAUGGAGAGAUCGAGAUCGAGCUCGAGAGACCGAGAUGGAGAAGAAAAAAAAAAAAAAAAAAAAAAAAAAAAAAAAAAAAAAAGAUCGAGCUCGAGGGAUCGAGCUCGAGAGAUGGACAUCGAGAUCGAGAGAAGAUCGAGAUGGCGAGAAGGUCGAGAUCGGAAGAAGAUCGAGAUGGAGAGAAGGUCGAGAUGGAGAGAAGAUCGAGAUCGAGAGAAGAUCGAGAGCUCGAGAACGAGAUCGAGAUCGAGACAUCGAGAUUGAGAUCGAGACAUCGAGAUUGAGAGACCGAGCCCGAGAGACCGAGCCCGAGAGACCGAGGUGGAGAGAUCGAGAGUUCGAGAUAGAGAGAUGGAGAUCAAGAGAUGGAGAUCGAGAGAUCGAAAUCUGGAAAAUCGAUCGCUUUUCUCGCGCGAUCUAUCGAUCGACAGAUCGCGCAGGGAUCGAUUGA